AUGACGUGGGUCAGCAUGCCAGCCAUCAUGGCUGUUGUCGCUGGCGCUUUUGUCAUAUUUGUAGCUAGAUUGAUGGCUAAUCGACAGCACGUAAAGAGGCUACGGAAUUCGGGAGCACCUAUGCCGAAACACCAUCCUCUAUUCGGCCAUCUCAUCGUAUUGAAAGAAACCAUUCAAUCACUACCACGGAACACUGUAAUGCACGUGGUAGUACGGCGAAUAGCGGAGUCAUUUCCUGGCGGUGUCCUCUACCUUAACCUGUGGCCUUUCAACGCUCCUCUCAUGGUAGUUGCGAAUCCUUAUGUUGCAUCACAAAUCGAGGCUGCUUUCCUCGACAAGCCCACCAAUAUAUGCGCUACUAUAGAGGUUAUCAAUGGUGGACCAUCAUUACUAACUAUGCAUGGAAGUACGUGGAAGAGAUGGCGGGCGCUCUUCAAUCCAGGUUUUGCGGCUGGCUACAUAACUGGACUUGCUCCUGCCAUAGCAGAGGAGGUCGCCGUUUUCUGCAAACUUCUCCAAGACCGCGCCAAGAAAGUGGAAGUCUUUGCUUUGGAGGAGUAUACGCUCCGACUAACGUUUGACAUCAUUGCACGUGUUACCUUUGGUGCGCACCUCCAUUACCAAACUCAGGGAAGCGCUCUCGCAGACUGCCUUCGACGGCAAGUGUACUGGACUCCGUUUGGCACAUCAUUCAAUCCAAUACGCCGCUAUCUUAGUCCUCGUCCACUCGUCCAAAAGUACAACAGCUAUCGCAUGAACCAAUACCUCGAUGAGGAGAUCGACAAACGCUUCGAAGAGUUAGCUAGCUCUCGCAGAAGCGCUUCUGGUGAUUCCCGCUCACCCUCUAGGUCCAUCAUUGCUUUGGCCAUGGACAAGUACCUGGAUGAUGUGGAGAACAAAGAUGAUGUGUCAAAAUCGGCCUUCAAGCAGCUCGCGAAGCCUCAACUUCGCUUGUUUCUCUACGCUGGCCACGAUACCACGAGUAGUACACUACUCUACAGCUACAUACUUCUGUCCCGUCACCCAGUUGUUUUAUCCAAAGUCCGUGCAGAACACGACCAGGUAUUCGGGUCCGACUUUUCGCUCGACAACAUUACUCGGACUAUCACAGACGAUUCCACACUCCUGAAUCAGUUACCCUAUACUUUGGCAGUUAUCAAGGAGGUUCUCCGCAUAUUUCCUCCCGCUGGCAGCAUGCGCAAUGGCCGUUCGGAUGUCUUUCUAGCAGAUGAGCGGGGCCAACAAUACCCUACAGAAGGCUGUCAGAUCUGGACGCUCAGCCUUGCUAUGCAUCACAAUCCCGAAGUGUUUUUGCAGCCAGAAGAGUUUAUUCCCGAUCGCUGGCUCGUCGGUCCCGAAAACCCUCUACACCCGAAGAAAGCCUCAUGGAGAGCUUUUGAGUGGGGUCCACGUGCCUGUAUUGGGCAGACACUUGCGCAAUUGGAACUGAAAGUCGCCUUGGUCAUGACUGCGAGGACGUUUGACAUUACUCCUGCGUAUGAAGAGUGGGACAAAAUGCAUCCAAAGAAGGGUAUCAAAGCUGUUGACGGAAAUCGAGCGUAUCAGGCGGAGAUGGGUGGAGGCGGGGCUCAUCCAGCAGAUGGCCUCCCGGUGAAGAUUACGCUGCGGGCAUAA